ACGAAAGCAGUUUUUAUAUCUUUCUCAAUAACAACAUUUUGAAGCUUCGUAUUUUAAAAACUUUUAAAUAAAUUUUGUGGAACUGUUGUUUUUUAUUUCAUUUUUUAUUGAGAUUUCUACAUGCUUUAUGAUUUUGAAGUGUACACAAACCUUGUGUGUUAUAAACAAAGCUCCCUGUACAUAAUUCAAAAAGAUGAUAACGUUUACGGACUUGAUCUUGAACAAUCUUGUGGCCUAUUGGUAAAGAAUGCUGAAUAUUUUCUUUUUUCAGGAUCUUGACAUGCUUCAGAACAACAUAGAGGUGGCAUAGCUAAUAUAUUUUACCCUUCAAGGAGAUAUUUUUAAUGUGGGUGAUUUUGAGGCAUAAAGUGUGGAUGGAAAAGAAGUAAUUGCUAUAGAAAAAGCAUAUUUUGCUUAAUGAAGCUGAUAUAAUGGAGCAUAUGUUUCAAACAUUCUCUUCCACAUCUUCUGUACCACCAGAGUCUAAGCUGCAAACUUAUUUGAAUUCGAUGCCAAAUCCAAUCGAGGAUGGGAACUUUUUUGGUGAUACUUCCUCUCUGUCUACUACUGAACCAAAUUCUCUCUCAGUUGAUCUUGGAAAGAGCUUAAAUUCAGAAGUUGGACAAUUUGGAAAUUCUGCAAUUGGUCGUAUGACUCAUAGUUUGAGUUCGCCUUCUUUUUCUCAAUAUUCUGUACAGCAUCCUCAAUUGGUUAGCACACCAUUUGGACAUUUUAAUGUAGCUGCAGAUGUUGGCAAUCGAAUGUCUAGAUGUUCACCACAGCAGUCUCCUCUUUUGAAUAAAAGAACCUGCUCCCCAGGUCCCAAAGACUUUUCUGCUCCAAGCCCUUCUCAUGAACAAUACUUACAAUCAAGUACUUUGUUCCAGGAAUCUGUUGGUGGCACAACUUAUUUUUAUUCUCAAGAAGAGACACCUCCAGAAAUAUCUCCUCUUAUAAUGCCAGAUAUAAAUGUUUAUCCAGGAAAUCCUUCCCACAUUGAGCACAUGAGACCUAAAGCUAAUGCACCAUCUUUCUUUUUGCCCGAUGAACUUAGAAUGGAUAUAAUACACAGGCAACAUUUGACACUAGCUGAAGCCAAUCCUGAACAGCAUCCAGAUCUUCCAAAUGAAGUCGAUAACUAUCACAAAUUAUGUCCAUUGGAACCUCCCAUUGGUGACACUCCUGCUAAAUCAUCAACGUUUGGUUAUGUUACUACAGUUUACAAAGCUGCCAACAUUAAGACUGGUGUUUAUUACUGCUUACGAAGAAUACAUGGUUUCAGGGUUUCCAAUACGAAAUGUAUAUCAAUUAUCGAGACUUGGAAGAAACUUCAACAUUCAAACUUAGUUCACUUAAGGGAAGUCUUCACUACCAAAGCAUUUGGUGAUAAUUCUAUGGUUUUUGUCCAUGACUAUCAUCCUGGAGCUGAUACUUUGAUGAAUCUCUACUUCAACCAAACUUCUGUAACUCCAGCUGUGAAUGGCUUUUUACCAAAUUUCUGCUCAGAUGUUGAUGGAUUGUCAACAAAGUCUGGUUUAAACAACUUGCGUCAGCAUGCCGGCUUGCUUCCAGAAAGUUUAAUAUGGGGCUAUAUUGUUCAGCUGAGUUCCGUGUUACGAAGUAUACAUGCAGCUGGAUUGGCUUGUAGGGCAUUCGAUCCCUCUAAGAUACUUGUAACAGGGAAAUCAAGAUUACGGCUUAAUUGUUGUGGCAUUUUUGAUGUCCUUACUUAUGAUCCCAAUCAACACAAUACUAAACAAGUGGCUGCCCAUUUCCAACAAGAAGAUUUGAUGGCAUUUGGGAAGAUAGUUUUAGCUUUGGCAUGUAAUACCUUAAAUGCUGUAAAAAGAAGCAAUAUGACCGGCUCACUUGAACUGGUAUCAAGAAACUAUUCUGCUGAUCUAAGAAAUUUAAUUUUAUACCUCUUACACAACCAAACUCGUCCUCACAGCAUCAAUGAUAUCAUGCCUAUGAUUGGAGCACGUUUUUAUACUCAACUAGAUGCUGCACAAAUGAGAAGUGACGUGAUUGAAAACGAACUGUCCAAGGAAGUAGAAAAUGGGAGACUGUUCCGUCUUUUAGUGAAGCUGGGAACCAUUACAGAACGUGCAGAGCUAAAUAUGGAUCACUCCUGGGCUGAAACAGGAGACCGUUAUUUGCUGAAGCUUUUCCGAGAUUAUCUCUUUCACCAGGUCACCGAAGAUGGCCGGCCAUGGGUUGAUACUGCUCAUGUUAUUCAAUGCCUCAACAAGUUGGAUGCUGGUGCCUCAGAGAAAAUAUGCUUGAUGGCCCGGGAUGAACAGAACGUUCUUGUGGUCAGUUAUGCUGAACUGAAAGCUUGUUUCGAGUCUUCAUUCAGUGAAAUCGUCACCUCAGCCUUGGGCCCCAAGCCUCAUUCUUAGCAGCAUGGUCACCUGAUACUACUGCAACUUUGUACAAGAUUUGUGAAGGAAAGCUACCUUGAGGCUAUGUCCAGAAAAAAAAGCUCAAAGGCUGUGGUUCAGAUUCUUAUUUUUAAAAAAAAAUGUGAUGAUUAUCAUUUCACAUUUUGUUCCUAGAUUUUUUAGCUAUACAAUAAUGAUGUAUAUAGUGAAACAACAUUAAGAACAGAGCCAGAUAAAAGCCCACAUGUGGCUCUGCUGUACUUAAAAGAUCUGCAUUUCCAGAAAAUGUUUAUUGAGCUACAAGAAUUUAUUUUUUCAUACUUGAUCACAUAUUUUAAAUUU